AUGGCGUUCAAGCGGAGCCCUCUGAACGGGGUGAUCGCCGCAACCCCUCGCACGCAGCAGGUGUGGGCAGAGCAGCACGGCAGCACCACCAACAACCUUCCCGCUGCCCGUCUACACUCCCACCCCCACGCUCCCACUGCCGCUCCUUCUACUGAUACAGCCGCAGGAGCGGCACUGGCAGUAGCAGAGCGGCAGGAGGAGGAGGAGGAGGAGGAGAAGAAGGUGGCAGAAGAGUUAGAGGAAGAGGAGGAGGGAAAAGAGUGGAGGGUGUAUGACGAUGUAGCGGCGUGGCAGCAAUGGCGCAGGAGCAGGGGAGAAGAGUCCGGGGACGAGGGUGAUGUGAGUGGCAACAUCGGACCCGCGAUCUCUGCAGCAGGUUCGGAUUACGACCGAGCAGGCGGGUCGCUCUAUAGGGGGUACAGCGGGGGAGAGAUGAGCGAUGCGGCAGCUGCAGUGGAGAGGAGCAUGCGGAGGGAGGCAGCAGCUGCGCUUGCAGCAGCAGCGGUGGCUGCAGCAACAGGGGUAAGAGGCUCCACGAGCUUGCGACCUCGCCCGUCUCCCCGCGUCUCUGGCCGGAACAGCAAGGCGGCAGCUGCAGGGCGGGCAGCUGUGGAGAGAGAGGUUGAGAGGGAGAGGGCAGGGAGGCGGAGGAGGGGAGAGGCUGGGCGAGAAUCCGAUGAUGCAUUUGGGUUUGAGGAGUCACAGAGGAGCAGGAUGCAUGCGGAAAGGGAGGGGAUGUUGCAGGCGAGCAGCCAGGGUCCUGCUGUGCUCUAUGCGUCUUUUGAGGCGCCUCAAAAGUCGUUACUGGGCACGAGUCAGGGUCGUGCUGGGCUCUAUGCAUCGGGUGCUGCGGGUGUGUCGCGGGCAUCAGCUGUGCGUGUCGCGUACGGGUGUCACAGGGGGGGACCUGUGGCUGAAUUGGCACGGAGAGAAGCCUUGGAGGGGUUUCCCAGGUGCCAGAGCGAGCCUGGCAAGAUGUGUCUGGAACAGAGGGGGCGAUUGGAGCAUGGGGAGGAGGACGGAGGAGAGGGGCUGGUGUGGGAUGGUUUGGAUGGUUUGGAAGGGAGCAAGCAGGAGGAGGAUUAUUUUGCGUUUGAAGACGAGGGGGUGCGUGGGAAGGGUUGGGAUGUGGCCGGUGGAGAGAGGGAAGGGAGUGAGGUAUCACUGAGAGGGACGAAACCGGCAAUCCGAGGGCUAUAUGUGAAAGAUGUGGUGAGCAAGUGGGAAGGGGGAGCGGGCGGGGGCGCGGGAGGGAGGAUUGACGAGAGCGACUGGGAGACCGGGGAGGUGGAGGAAGCGGAGAGUGGCCGGGAGAGACAGAGGAGGACGAUGUUCCAGAGAGGGGGGGGGUGGAUGAGGCAAGUGGGGGGGGAGAGUGAGGGAGCUGGGAGUGGUGUUGAUUGUUAUGCAGGUGGGCAGCACCAGGGCGUAGGGCACUUGGUCGAAAGCCGUGGGCAGCUUGGGAGUGCGAGCAGAGGCGGAUGUGAGAAGGUGGACGAUUGCGAGAAUUCUCAACACGUGAAUGAGCGUGCCUGUCGGGGGGCAGGGGUUGAGGGUGUUGAUGCUGCUGACAGCCAUGGCAGUGCUUGUGGCAAUUCUCAUCCGUCUGCUGAUACUAACAGUGGUGCUUUAGCUUCUCCUGAGCUUGAUUGUCCUGGUGGUGCGGGUGAAGACCCCACCAGUGGUAAUGGAGAUGGCAAUGGGGAUGGUGAUGGUGAUGAUGAUUACGCUGGUGUGCCGGUGUCUGCUGCUGCAUGGCAAUGGGAGCUGUCUCUCUCUGACCGUCUAACGCAGUUUCUAGACAUAGCAAGGGCGAAGAGGGAGGGGCUGGUACGGCAAAUGGAGGAGAGCAAGCAGCAGUUCCAGCAGCUUGCAACGUUUCUGGGAGAACCACCCUCCUCUACUCCCCAGGCGAUCUUUGGGGCACUGGCGCGGUUUGCAGAGGCGUUUGAUAAGAGCCAACGGGCUGUUGGCCUUCUGUAG